AUGGCGAGUAACUUUAACAUGAACGAUAUGACUGUUGAACAACUUAUGGCGCUUAGUGAGAUAAUUGAUGAUAGCGAUUAUGAGGAAAAUCUCGAGGAUGAAGUUGAGAGAAUAUCUGAGGACAAAUUCUAUCGAGUUGCACCUAAGGAUAAGGGCAAAGAUCCCUUUGAAGGAGAAAGACAAUUCAUAGAUGAAGGUGACCGUUCUACUGACCCAAAAAGACCAAGGAGACUCCCACUAAACUACAAGGGUAAGAGGGGAAUAAUGCCGACAUGGAAAUAUUCCGAGAGACAGAAGGCAAAGGCUUUACUAGUUGAGGAGGCAUAUCAGAGCUUACUUAGUAGAGGAGUUGAAGGUCUACCACCAACAAUGGGAGGUAGAUGGAGAACGGAUGAUCCUCAGGUAAAUGCGGAGAUGAAGAGGUUAGAGAACCUUAGGAAUCCCAAGCGUCCUAGAGGCAGGCCACCAAAGGCUAAGGCUGAUAGUGAAGCUAAGGUUCCUAGAGGUAGACCGUCAAAGGUUAAGGCUGAUAGUGAAGCUAAGGUCUCCAAACGAAGAGGCAGACCACCAAAGGCUAAGGAAAGCAAAACACUAGAAGCCAAGGUCCCCAAAAGAAGAGGUAGACCACCAAAGGUUAAGGUAGCUGAAACACUGAAACCUAAGGUUAAAAGACAAACAGUUGCGGAGAGGUUUAUAAGUCAAAACCGAAUAAAACUCUCGGUUCCCGCAAAUAGCGUUAUAACUCAGGUGGGACCAGGUAAGUUCACAGUGACUGUGGAUCUUAGUAAGAAACCAACAAGGAAAGCUCCUGAGAUACCGAAGGGUGUGGCUCCAUGGAAACCUACUCCUAAGCCAAGAACUGUGAUCCCUAGAGUGAGACCUAUUCCUAAGCCUAGGACUGUGGCCCCUAAAGUGAGACCUGUUCCUAAACCUAGAACUAAAAAGCCUGUGCCUCCUCCAAAGUUAAGAAAGCCUGUGAAGGUGACUAAAGAAGUUGGGGAACAGCCUGUAGUGGUCGCACCAGAGGAACAUGAAAUUGAUCCAUUUGGAACAUACCUUGAGAAGCCAUCCUAUAGGAAAAUAGAAACUGCCGCAAAUGGUGCCGCUGUGACUUACUCAAUAACUCCAAAUUACAUGGAUCCCCUAGACCAGAUGACCGCAAGUAGGCAGGUGGUAAGGGGAAUAUUAGUGAACGAGUUGAAGAGAAUGGGAGGUCUGAAAUAUACGGAAACUAUUAAGGUAAGAAUGUCAAAGGAAAUCGGAAAUGAUAAGACUAAGAAAGAUUCGAUAUACUUCAAAUCGAAAACAGGAACCGCAACCAACUUCGAGGAUAUUGAAAGCACUGCAGCUCAAAACCAACUAACAAUCUUAUCUAGAAUUGAAACCUUCCAGAACUUAGGUUCAAAUUGGAUUAUCCUAAACAUUGAAAGCCACUACGUUAAUAUUGCGAUGUACAAACCUCUAAAGGGUAGUUCAUAUAUGAAGUUACCCGCAGACAUCAGCAAUCCAAAAUGUGGUUUAAUUAAUAUGAAAAAUAAUGAUGAGAAAUGUUUUAUGUGGAGUCAUGUGAGACUUGUGAGACCAAAGGCUAGGAGAGCAACUACUAUAACACGACAGGACAUAGAGUUCGCGAAAAACCUAGAUUAUGAGGGAAUAGACUUCCCCGUGAAAAUAAGCGACAUUGAUAAAAUUGAGAGGAAGAACUCAAUAAGUAUAUCAGUGUUUGGUUAUAAGGGUAAGAAGCAGUUCUAUCCAAUCAGAAACUCCAAAAUAAAAUAUGACGAGCAUAUGGAGCUGCUGCUGUUAGGUGACAAUGAAGGUGGUAACCACUACGUUCUAAUAAAGGAUGUAAAUAGAAUGCUCUUCAGUGUUAGCGGAAACUCAAACAAGAAACACUUCUGCUUAUAUUGCCUCCAUAGUUGCGUUAGCGAAGAAUCAUUGAAGAAACACAGUGAAACAUGUAUCAGUGUAAACGGAACUCAGGCCACGAAGCUUCCAAAUGAAGGUUCAAAAAUAAAGUUCGGACACUACAGGAAUUCAAUGCCUGCUCCAUUUGUAAUCUAUGCUGACUUCGAGUCUAUGCUGGUUCCUGAGGAGAGAAAAGUUGAAUCUGAAGACGCUGAGGAGAAGAGUACCACAGAACUUUACCAGACACAUAAAGCUUGUAGUUUCGGACUCAAAACAGUGUGCCACUACGAUGAUAAGCACUCCGGUGAAUACAUAAGUUACGUUGGUAAAAACGCUACAGAGGUCUUCUUGAAGACAGUUCUGAAGGUAUCCAUCAGGUGCCGAGAAAUGGUAAAUAAAAUCUUCAAGAAAAAGAUGAUAAUUACACCAGAGCAGGAAGCUGAGUUCUGGAUGACAAGAAACUGCUCCAUAUGUGGUAACGACCUGGGUGAUGAUAGGGUGAGGGACCACGAUCAUGUAACUGGACUGUUCCGUGGAGAUGCUCAUAAUAUGUGUAAUCUGAAGUACAGAAUUACAUGGAAAGUUCCGGUGGUCUUCCACAAUCUAAGAGGUUACGAUAGCCAUCUGAUAAUGCAGGAGAUUGGUAAGUUUAAGAUGAAUAUCAACGUUGUCCCAAAUAACAUGGAAAAAUACAUCUCCUUCUCAUUAGGUAAAAGUCUUGUGUUCAUUGAUUCGAUACAAUUUAUGGCUUCUUCCCUGGAGGCACUUGUGAGUAACCUUUCACCUGAAGACUUCAAGAUAGUCGGUCAGCGGUGGCAAGGUGAAGACUUCGAUCUUGUAAGACAGAAAGGUAUAUUUCCAUAUGAAUACCUAGAUAAUAUCAGCAAACUCGACACAAAGGAACUUCCAAGUAGAGACAAAUUCUACUCAUCCUUAUAUGAGUCUGAAGUGAAAGAAGAAGAUUACCAGAGAGCUCUAAAAGUUUGGGAUCACUUUAAAAUGAAAACAAUGAGAGACUACCAUGAUCUCUACCUGGAGACUGACGUUCUUCUCCUGGCUGAUGUUUUCGAGAAUUUUAGGAAGACCUGCUUGGAGAAUUACAAGCUUGACCCUGCUCACUACAUCUCAGCACCAAGUCUAAGUUGGGAUGCUUUCUUAAAACAGUCAGGUGAGGAAAUAGAACUGGUAAGCGAUAUGGAUAUGUUCCAGUUCUUCGAGAAGGGAAUGAGAGGUGGGGUAAGUCAUAUUGCUCACAGACACUCUACGGCGAAUAAUAAGUAUAUGGAAACUUAUAACGAAGAGGCUGAAAACAAGUUCCUUAUGUAUCUCAACGCCAACAAUUUGUAUGGCUGGGCGAUGUCUCAACCGCUGCCUAACGGUGAAUUUGAGUGGGUUGAGAACGUUGACAAAAUAAAUAUUAAUGACUAUUUAGGAGACAGUGGAAGAG